CACCUGGGUUUUAUAUAUAUUUAAAGAAUUUCUGUCUGCAUUUUCCUCUAAUGGAACCUUCUGUGAUCCAUUACAUUUAGUUUUAUAGAAAAACCCAAGAAUAUAAUUAAUUAACAGCAAGUGAAAAAUUUUGCAAAAAUAGAUUUUUUAAAAAACCCAUCAUGGCCGGAAAAAAGCUCAUGGGCUGUCUCCAAAGAGUAAACAUGAUACAGGGAUUCUCAAGAUCGCAUUCAACUUCUACCUAUGUUGAUAGAAUUGGAAAUCGCGAAGUUGUUGGAUUCGGCUUGAAUGGAACAGAAUGUUACAUUGAUCGAUUUGACCGUCCAAUGCCCGCCAUAAGAUUUAAGGAGAAUACUCCCGACGUUAUGGCUCUGAGGGAGAAAGAGAAAGGCGAUUGGAAGAAACUUUCAGUGAAUGAGAAGAAAGAACUUUAUAGAGCAAGCUUUUGUCAAACUAUGGCUGAAAUGGAUGCCCCCACUGGACAAUGGAAAUCUAUUCUUGGUCUAACGGCCCUUGGAGUCAGUAUGGGACUCUGGCUAUUUAUUUACUUUAGAUUGUUUGUUUAUCCACCAUUGCCUGAAUCAUUCAGAGAAGAGAAUAGGCUUGCACAAAUGAAGCGUAUGUUGGCAAUUGAAAUGAAUCCAAUUGAAGGAAUCAGUUCUGCGAAAAAUAGAGUGAAAUUAGGGUUGGACCCAUACCCAAAAUAAAUAAACAUUUUACUAAAAUUCAAUGCAUUCUCGUAGAAAUCACAAAUUGUAAUAAAAAUAUGUAAAAAAAAUAAAAUAUUAAAAUUAAAAUCACAAUAAAUAUUUGUAAAAUUAA